AUGACCGAUGUGUCAACGACACAACAGCAAAGCAACGCACCAACAAGUGCAAAAUCAAUAAAAGCCACCAACGAAAUAUGUCACUCAACAGGGAACGGUACAACGUCCAGCAACAACCCCGGCAAACCGAAAACAUUAGCGAAUGGUUCAGCAGGCCGGUCAACAGUUGCCAGCCAACAAGGCAUUAGUAGUAGUGUACCAUAUCAAAUAGCCAGCCCCAGCGCAAAUAAACAGGUGGAGCAGAGAAUUUCGAAAAACAACAGCGACGCCUCCGCCACCAAUAAUAAUCGCCCCAUCCCCAAAAUGUCCAAUGCCGGUCUCAAAAGUCUUACAUCACCCACCAGCCCAGCACAAUCACCAUUAUCAAAUGCAAUGUCCUCCCAGCAACAAACUCCAUCCACCCCAUCGCCCCCCAUCGACUCGGGAGGCCAUCAAGUCACCACAACAACUAAUCAAUUCACAGAACCACCUGCCAUUUCCACCUGCCACCCUGCCGCCUUACAAAGUGACAACAAAGACACCACCAGUACGUCCACUAUUUCAUCAUCAGAAGCUACCGCCGCCACCACUUCGAACGCCUCUUCGUCAACGACUAUAAUUAGUAGUUGCACUGGCAGCACCAGUAACAGUAGUAACAGUCUUGUACCAGCUGUCCACCAACAGCAACAACAUCAGCAUCCUUUGACUAAAACGACGACUAUGCAACGUGAAGUCACGCAGCAGGAUGUCGACGAAGUGGCACGUCUGUACGAAGAAAAACCUGAGGCAUUUGAAAAAUGGCUAAUGGAAAGAGCACCACCCGAGGCAUUGUUGCGUCUACAAGAAUUCAUCGAGGGACGUAAACAUCCGCCCAAAAGGCCAUCGGUUACAUCGGAUUUAUUUCAACAAUGGAUGGCAGCAUCUCCGGUAGUGCAGAAAAAUCGUUCAUUUUCAUCAGCAUCGGCUAGCGGCGGCAAACCAUCUCUGGACAAUCGACAACAUUUAAUGGAAUUGGACGAAGGUGAACUCUUUAUGGAAUUGAUACGUGAUGUUGCCAAUGAAUUGGAUAUUGAUGUGCUGUGCCAUAAAAUACUGGUGAAUGUGGGUCUGCUCACACACGCAGAUCGUGGCUCAUUGUUUUUGGCCAAGGGGACACCCAACAAUCGAUAUCUGGUGGCGAAACUAUUCGAUGUUACACAAACGACACCUCUCAAAGAUGCUGUGAAGAAGGCACGCUCAGAAGAAAUAGUCAUACCCUUUGGUGUGGGCAUCGCCGGUAUGGUGGCUCAGACCAAAGAGAUGAUCAAUAUUAAGGAGGCCUAUAAAGAUGCUCGUUUCAAUUGUGAAAUAGAUUUGAAGACUGGCUAUAAAACAAAUACGAUACUCUCAAUGCCCAUUUGCAAUUAUGAGGGUGAUAUUAUCGGGGUGGCACAAAUUAUAAAUAAAACCGAUGGAUCUCUGGAAUUCGAUGAACACGAUGUGGAAAUAUUUCGUCGAUAUUUAACCUUUUGUGGUAUUGGUAUACAAAAUGCUCAAUUGUUUGAAAUGUCCGUCCAGGAAUAUCGUCGUAAUCAAAUCUUAUUGAAUUUGGCGCGAAGUAUAUUCGAGGAGCAGAAUAAUUUAGAAUGUCUGGUUACGAAAAUUAUGACUGAGGCACGAGUGCUGCUGAAAUGUGAACGGUGUUCGGUAUUUCUAGUCGAUUUGGAUUGUUGUGAGGCGAGCCACUUAGAAAAAAUCAUAGAGAAACCUAAUGAAGUGCAAAGAAGGCUAAGUCGCAGUAGAUAUAGCAGUGAUAGUUUGGAUGAUAAGCAAAAAACCAACAACCGUUUUACGGUUCUCUUCGAAUUGGGUGCAGCUAAUCAAUCGGCAAAUAUUUCCCGCCCCACUGGCAAUGAUUUAAGCAAUUCCACCCUGGCUCAAAUUGCCCAAUUUGUGGCGACCACCGGUCAAACGGUAAAUAUAGCCGAUGUUAGGGAGUGGGUGCAGGAGCAUAAUCAAAUUACGGCAGAAAAUGAAAUUGAUUGCAUCAAGGCCAUAUUGUGCAUGCCCAUUGUCAAUGCUCAAAAACGGGUGAUUGGUGUGGCCCAGCUAAUCAACAAGACCAAUGGCAUGCCUUUUACCGAUUGUGAUGCUUCCAUCUUUGAAGCAUUUGCCAUCUUCUGUGGCCUGGGCAUACACAACACACAAAUGUAUGAGAAUGCCUGUAAGCUAAUGGCCAAACAAAAGGUAGCCUUGGAAUGUUUGUCAUAUCAUGCAACAGCGCCACAGGAUCAAACCGAUCGUUUGGUUCAGGACACAAUUGAAACUGCUGAGUCUUAUAAUUUGUAUAGCUUUAAGUUUAUUGAUUUUGAUUUGUGUGAUGAUGACACUUGUCGUGCUGUGGUCCGUAUGUUCCUGCAAUGUAAUCUAGUUCAAAUGUUUCAAAUACCCUACGAUGUGCUGUGUCGUUGGGUGUUGAGUGUACGCAAAAAUUACCGUCCUGUCAAAUAUCACAAUUGGCGUCAUGCCCUCAAUGUGGCCCAGACAAUGUUUGCAAUGAUGAAAACGGGUCGCAUGGAACGUUUUAUGAAGGACUUGGAAAUUUUCGGGCUGUUAGUGGCAUGUUUAUGCCACGAUUUAGAUCAUCGUGGAACGAAUAAUGCUUUCCAGACAAAGACGGAAUCACCCUUGGCUAUAUUGUAUACAACGAGUACAAUGGAACAUCAUCAUUUUGAUCAGUGUGUAAUGAUUUUGAAUUCGGAGGGUAAUAAUAUUUUUCAGGCUCUAUCACCAGAAGACUACCGACAUGUUAUGAAAAUCGUGGAGAAUGCAAUUUUAUCCACAGAUCUUGCCGUUUACUUUAAGAAACGUAAUGCCUUCUUGGAGGUGGUGGAAAGUGGGGAAUUCGAUUGGCAAAGUGAAGACAAAAAGGAUUUAUUAUGCGGUAUGAUGAUGACAGCUUGUGAUGUCAGUGCUAUUGCCAAGCCAUGGGAGGUGCAGCAUCGGGUGGCCAAGCUAGUGGCUGAUGAAUUUUUCGAUCAAGGAGAUUUGGAAAAACUGCAAUUGAAUACACAACCCGUGGCCAUGAUGGAUAGGGACCGCAAAGAUGAGUUACCCAAAAUGCAAGUCGGGUUCAUUGAUGUCAUCUGUUUGCCCCUCUACAAAGUGUUGUGUGAUACAUUCCCCUGGAUAACGCCAUUGUAUGAAGGUACAUUGGAAAAUCGUCGCAAUUGGCAGGAUUUGGCUGAAAAAGUAGAAAUGGGUUUGACAUGGAUUGAUCAUGAUACCAUCGAUAAGCCAGUAGAGGAAUUUGCAGCCUGCAAUGACGAAGAAAUCAAAGACAUUGAAUUCACUGUAACCACACUAAAUUGUCAUCAGCAGCAUAGUGAUGAUACCUCAACACCCGAACAUCAACGUGGCAUUUCUCGUUUGAGUAUCAAGAAAACCGGUGCCCUCGGCAAGGCAGUAAAAUCAAAAUUAACCAAAACUUUAUACAACAGUAUGGACGGUUCAAAACCAAAAACAUCGCUGAAACUCUUAGAGACACAUGCCAGUGAAGAUUUAGAAGAUAAAAGUCCUACCAGCCCAUCACAACCCACAGGUCCUGCAGGUUCAACUGGUCAAAUGUCGGCAUCUUCAUCGAUAUCAUCAUCCUGCACAACAAAUUCCAUCACCGACAAAAACAAGAAACGUUCCAAACUUUGUGCCCUCUUGUGA